AUGGAGGGACUCUGCAGAUCCAAUGUACCCAAACAGGACUGGAUGAACAGAGUCACAGAAGACAAAGCUGACUACUGGGAGUGGGAGACUGAGAGAGCUGUGUUUUACCAGCAGCUCUUCAAAGUCAGACUUGACACUUUAAAGCGACGCUUCAACCAAACUGGAGGUGUUCACAUUUACCAGAUGAUGGUAGGCUGUGAGUGGGAUGAUGAGACUGGAGAUGUUAAUGGUUAUUUUCAAGAUGGUUAUGAUGGAGAAGACUUCUUAGUUCUGGACAUGAAGACAUGGACGUAUAUCGCUGCACAACAACAGGCUGUCGUCACCAAACAGAGGUGGGAUAAUAACCAAGCUCAGUUAGAGUAUCUUAAGAACUACCUCACCCAGAUUUGUCCUGACUGGCUGAAGAAGUAUGUGAACUAUGGGAGGAGCUCUCUGAUGAGAACAGACCUCCCCACAGUGUCUCUCCUCCAGAAGACUCCCUCCUCUCGGGUCACCUGCCACGCUACAGGUUUCUACCCCAACAGCGCCAUGAUGUUCUGGAGGAAAGAUGGAGAGGAGCUUCACGAGGACGUGGACAAGGGAGAGAUCCUCCCCAACCACGACGGCUCCUUCCAGAUCAGCGCUGACCUUCAACUGCCCUCUGAUGACUGGGGGAAGUACGACUGUGUGUUUCAGCUCUCUGGUGUGAAGGAGGACAUCGUCACCAAACUGGACAAACGAGAGAUCAAGACCAACUCCGUGAAUCCCAUGAACCCCGUCAUCCCCAUCAUCGCCAUCAUCGCCAUCAUCGCUGCACUCGUUCUUGUCGGCCUCGCUGUCAUUGGAUACAAGAAAUACAGAGGCAGAAAAUCUACAUGUGAAACGUCUUCUGAAAACAGCUCUGAGCUCGCUGAGAAACUGAAUCCAGAGCCUAAAUGAUGAACACACCACCCUGCACCCUGUUUCUUGAAACAUUUUGCUCGGGAACAAUCAGUGUGAAGGUCGUCUGUGUGUGUUACUGGAGUCCACCUCUCUCACACUGCAGUCACCGUAACUCUCUGCAAGAUGAGCCAGAAUAAAAACAGACUAAUGGAGUUUCAUCUCAGUGGUGAACUGUCUUAAAUUUGUACCAAACACAGAUAAUAAUUCAAUCUGGUUCCUUCCACAUCUUUAAAAGGCCUCCCUAUGGUCACACACGUGAAAUAAAAUCAUCAGUUCAAGAUUCA